UGUAUAACCAGCAUAUACUCUACAAAAUGAAUUUUCCUAUGUUUGUCAAAACUGUUUUUGUUGCCAUGGUGGUCGCCAAUGGGUGUGCUUAUGCGAUUUCGUCCUCUUUUGAUUCUUGGGCGGGAACCAAGUUUGAAGUAACACAGUCGAGGUGUUUCAUUGAUUACAUGCAAGCAGAGCAGGUACCUUACUCAAAACAUGAGGUAUCUCAAAGAGCUCUAGUUCAGCGUGCUACUCGGGCAUGCCUUCUUUUUUGCCACAGGAUAGGUAACAUGUCCCGUCAAGUAUCAGCGUAGUCUAUCGGUUUCAAACAUGAUAGAAAGCUAAGAAGGCACACUUUACAUGCUAGACCGUUCACGCAUCCUGAUUGCGAGGAUAUCGACUCGAUAACAAGCCAUCCGACUCGCGCAAGAUCGGGGAUUCGGUGUCAUGACGGGUUUCUCGGCCUGGGGCGUUCGUUCGGCCCCUCUCCAACUGCGCCGGGGACCCCGCACCGGAGUCCCUAGAAAACAAGCCCUAUUCUCUGGAAACGCGAUAACCCUGUCGAGACACAACGCGUCUAGAGAUGGAUCGUGAAAAAUUGCACACCUCGUCCGGUCCACCAGCCAAGUGGUCCAUGGAUUGACUCCGUCUCACUCGGCACAACACACCAAGCCAUUGGAUUCUAUCCGCCCGGCUAGCUCAAUCGGUAGAGCGUGAGACUCUUAAUCUCAAGGUUGUGGGUUCGACCCGUAAG